AUGGCGACCUCUAUGCCUUCCUUAAGAAAUGUCGCGAAGCUCGCCCUGGGCGGCGCGCAAGUGCUGCUUGGUUCAGGCUCGAGAGUGCUUGGAGGUCCCUCCAUGAGCUGCUCGAACCCCCAGCUGAGCUGUCACAACACUACUGCUGUAACCGACUUCUGCUGUUUCAACUCCCCAGGUGGACAGAUGCUGCAGACCCAGUUCUGGGACGCGCAUCCUACAACUGGGCCGGUGGACUCCUGGACCAUACAUGGCUUAUGGCCAGACCACUGCGACGGUAGCUUUGAUGAAUACUGCGAUUCUUCGCGUUCUUACCACAACAUCACCUCCAUUCUGCAACACUUCGGAAAGACCGAGCUUCUCUCCUACAUGUCUGCCUAUUGGAAGGACUAUCAGGGUGACGAUGAGAAAUUCUGGAAGCACGAAUGGAACAAGCACGGCACCUGCGUCAGCACCAUGGAACCUGAAUGCUACAACGACCACGUCCCCACAGAGGAAGUUGCGGACUAUUUCCAGAAAGCCGUCGACCUGUUCAAAACACUGCCAUCUUACCAGUGGCUUGCUGAAGCAGGCAUCGUGCCAUCAACCACCGCAACCUAUUCUGCCGAAGCGAUCCAAGCCGCACUGAGCGCCAAGCACGGUCAUCCAGUCACCAUCAAGUGCAAAUUCAACGCGCUCAAGGAGAUCUGGUACCACUACGACGUGCGUGGAAGCGUUCAGACUGGAGAUUUUGUCGCCACUGUACCGGAUGGCCCAAAAUCGGAUUGUCCGUCUCAAGGCGUGAGAUACCUUCCCAAGAACCCGUCUCAUACCCCGACCGGAGGUGCGACUUCAACAGCAGCAACCAGAACCACUAGCACGGCACCGACGGCCACGGGUCAGCCAUUCCAGGGAAGGGGCUACCUGAACGUCAUUGUCCAGGAUGAUGCCAACACCAAGAACGGCUGCAUCAUCAGCAAAGGGACGUGGUACACCAUGGGCACGUGCGCAACCUUCACGGCCACGGCGUCGGCGGACGGGCAGGGUUUCACGCUGAAGUCGUCGAAGGGGCUGUGUGCGGUUGGCGCUGAGGGCGCGUUCGAGUGCGCUUCGACGGUAAGCACAGCCACGGUCUUCAGUGCUACAGGGCCGCAUUUGAACGGAGCUGGGAGACCGAACUGGUUUGCGAAAGCUGUGCCGAGUAAGACGGCGCAAGCUACGGUAUAUACGUGGCCCGGUGAUGUAACGAUUAGGAUUGAGUGGCAGGGCAUCUAG